AUGGCUUCAUCCCUCGCAAGUGGCCUCCGAAACGUUGGAGAUUCUGUUGCUGAUUCCAUCGCCACCAUGACUGAAACCAAGAAAGUCGCCGACCUCCAAAAGAAUCUCAAAGAUCAACAUUGCCAACAGAUAAAUACCACAGACUGGGGUUCCAAGAUAUCUGAUCUGGACCACUGGCUAAAGAUCGUGGACGAAAAGGGCAACAAGGUUGGUCCUCAGCUUCUCGAAGACCAAAUUGCACGAGAACGGAUUCAUCGAUUCGAUCAUGAACGUAUUCCGGAGCGUGUUGUUCAUGCCCGGGGUACUGCCGCUCAUGGUCAUUUCAAACUCUUUGAGAGUGCCGAGGAUGUCACCACCGCUGGGGUGCUGACGGACACAUCUCGCACCACACCGGUGUUUGUACGAUUUUCGACCGUCCAGGGGAGUCGGGGAAGUGCAGAUACUGUCCGAGACGUCCGAGGAUUCGCCGUCAAAUUCUAUACUGAUGAAGGCAACUGGGAUAUCGUGGGAAACGACAUACCGGUCUUCUUUAUUCAGGAAUCGAUCAAGUUCGUGGAUGUGAUUCACGCGGUCAAGCCGGAACCCGAUACUGAAGUUCCUCAAGGCCAAACCGCACACAAUAACUUCUGGGAUUUCGUCUUCAUGCACCCCGAAGCCACUCAUAUGUUUUUUUGGGCCAUGUCCGACCGAGGCAUUCCUCGCUCAUACCGAAUGAUCCAGGGCUUCGGUGUCAAUACUUGGACUUUGAUCAACGCCAAAGGUGAACGAACAUUCUGCAAAUUUAUCUUCACCCCCGAACUGGGUGUUCACUCAUUGGUCUGGGACGAAGCUCUCAAGCUGGCCGGCCAAGACCCUGACUUCCAUCGCAAAGAUCUCUACGAAGCUAUUGACAACAACGCCUAUCCCCAAUGGAAGUUCGGUCUCCAGCUGAUUCCGGAGAAAGACCAGCACAACUUCGACUUCGACAUCUUAGACUCCACCAAAGUCUGGCCGGAAGACCAAGUGCCUAUCCGCUACGUUGGGGCGUUGGAGCUCAAUCGUAAUGUCGAUGAGUUUUUCACCGAGACGGAACAAGUCGCCUUCUGCACCAGUCACAUUGUUCCCGGAAUCGAUUUUUCCGAUGAUCCUUUACUUCAAGGCCGUAACUUUUCAUACCAAGAUACGCAGCUCUCUCGUCUGGGUACAAACUGGGAGGAAUUACCCAUCAAUCGACCAGUGUGUCCCGUAUUGAAUUUCAACCGAGAUGGCCAGGGCCGCCACACCAUCACCAAGGGUAAGGUGAACUAUUGGCCGAACCGAUACGGGGCCAAUCCGCCUGCCGGCCAGGGUCGCGGUGGCUUCGAAUCAUAUCCGGCCCGUUACGAGGGCAUGAAAGAGCGUAAACUCGCGCCCAAGUGGAAGGAUUACUUCUCCCAGGCUCAACUGUUCUACAACUCCAUGACCGAUAUUGAGAAGCAGCAUAUUAUCAGUGCUCUCUCCUUCGAGCUCGAUCACUGCGACGAGCCAGUCGUCUACGAACGCGUGGUUUCUCGUCUUACAGAAAUCGACCUCUCUCUUGCUACGGCCGUGGCCGAAAAAGUGGGCGCUCCGACUCCCAACAAGCAAACUCGCUCCAAUCCAGGGCGCCAAACCAAAGGUCUCAGCCAGCUUGAAUACAUGCCGGAAAACCCCACAAUCAAAUCACGUCGCGUGGCGAUCUUGAUCGCCGACGGCUUCGACGCGGUCAGCUAUGAGGCGAUGAAAUCCGCGCUCCUGGCAGAAUCCGCCUUACCGUUUACCAUCUCCACCAAGCGUCAGGAUGUCAAGGCCGCCGACGGUGCCUCAACCGUCAAGCCCGACCACUUCCUCAACGGACAGCGAUCGACCAUGUUUGAUGCCAUCUUCGUCCCUGGGGGUGCCGACUCAAUCAAGACUCUUCAGUCCAUGGGGCUGGCGCGGUUUUGGGUGCGCGAAGCAUUUGCCCAUCUCAAACCCGUCGGCGGUGUCGCGGAGGGUGUUCAGCUUAUCCAAUCUGCCCUCAACGAGGUUCAGGGUGUGAAGUUAUCCCAGGAGGAAAGCGUGGACAUCGUGGAUUGGUACGGUGUCGUCACCGCACAGAAACCCGAUACCGGAUCGAGUCUGAAGGACGGUGUCAAAAUGCUCAAAGAGGCCAGGGACUUUACUGGCAAGUUCUUCUGGAAUAUUUCGCAGCAUCGCAACUGGGCACGUGAGCUGGAUGGACUCGCGGGCCAGGUCUCGGUCUAA